GGGCGAAUAGUGACGAUGGGCAAGCAUCUUGGAACCUUUAGGUCUUCGUACCUCGUCGCGCUCAGCUGCAUCGGGUCCUUUCUGUUCGCCUACGACACGGGCAUCGUGGGCGGCAUCCUGACGCUCAAGUCGUUCCAAAACGACUUUGGGUUCACCGCGGGACAAAAGGACAAUGUCAGCUCCCUGUCGGCGAGCCUGCUUCAAGCAGGAGCAUUCUUCAGCUGCCUCUUCGUGUGGCCCUUUACGGCGCGCUUCGGCCGCCGGUGGGCCAUCGUCCUGUCCUCGUUCGUCUUCAACAUCGGCGCCGUCAUGCAGCUCUUUUACGCGCGCGGGCUCGCGACGUGGUACGCAGGGCGCGUCAUCUCCGGCCUGGGCGUCGGCAUCGCGACCGUCAUCAUACCCAUGUACACGGCGGAGAUGGCGCCCAAGCAUCUCCGCGGGCGGCUCGGAAGCGGGUUCCAGCUGGCGUUUACGCUCGGCGUGCUGGUGAGCUACUUUAUCGACUACGGGGUGUCGGCGCACGUCGACCCAACGAGCAGCAGGCAGUGGCGCAUCCCCGUCGGCCUGCAGCUCGUGCCGGGAGGGAUCCUCGGGCUGGGGAUGCUCGUGACGCGCGAGAGCGCUCGCUGGCUGGCGAAGAGGGGCAGGCUGGAGGAGGCCAUGGCGUCGCUGGUGUGGGUGCGCGGCGGCGAGGAGACGCGAGAGGUGGAGGAGGAGUUUGGGGAUAUCCUGGCGGGCAUCGAGGAGGAGGAGCGGGCGACGGCGGGCGUGACGUGGAAGGAAUAUUUUUUGCCUUCGAAUCGCUACCGCCUGUUUGUUGCCGUGACGAUACAGAUCGGAGCGCAACUCACCGGCAACACGAGCCUCGCAUACUUCUCGCCGCAAAUCUUCUCGGCCGUCGGGGCCGGCAAAGACGCCAUGCUACUCAGCGGCUUCUUCGGGGUCUGCAAGGUGGUCUCGUGCCUGUUCUUCGUGCUCUUCCUGGUCGAGCGCAUCGGCCGCAAGGGCUCCCUGCUCAUCGGAUCGUUCCUCAUGGGGGUAUACAUGCUCAUCGUCGGGCUCAUCACCAAGUUCCACCCGCCGAGCCCCAAGGCGGGACUUACACCGCCGGCGAUUGCGUCGCUUACCAUGAUCUACCUCGAGGCCAUGACGUACAACAUCUCGUGGGGGCCGGUGCCGUGGCUGUAUAUUGGCGAGAUCUUCCCUACGCGCAUCCGCGAGGGCGGCGUGGCCAUCGGCGCGGCGACGCAGUGGCUCUUUAACUUUACGUUUUCGCAAAUCACGCCGCACGCGGUGACGAACCUGGGGUGGAAGGUGUUUCUCAUGUUUGCCAUUUUCAAUUGGGCGCUGGUGUUUUACACGUGGUUCUUCAUCAAAGAGGUGCGCGCGUGCGGAAGGAUCAAAUUGAGGAGCAAGACAACCCGCUGACCCCGGCUGUACAGACCAAAGGACGCUCUCUCGAGGAAAUGGAAUUGGUUUUCAACGCCGAGCACACGCAGAUUGAGAUUGAGGCGGCGAGGCCGAAGACGGUGGCCGCGCAAUAAUGACGAUAGUCCUCCAGUGCUGUGGACGCGGACAUUGCCAGAGCCGUGUAGGCCUGGGUCGUCGACCCUGCUGCUGGCUGCCCGUUUGUACAUGUCGGGCAGCCUAGAAGCUUUCGUGGACAGAACUGGGCCGUGGUGUCCAAGGUGGAGUUUGUGCACAUGUCGCGAUCCCAAG